AAGAAUAUAUAGAUGGUAUCACCUCUACACUGAUGAUCCUGAUAUCCAGUUAAUAUAGUGGCACCUGCACUUGAAAAGGAUGCUGAAACAUUGAAGCAGAAAAAAGGCAGCACAAAAAUGAGUGAGAGAAUGGGGAAGGUAAUUUACAGUGAGAGGCUGAAGAAACGUGACCUGUUUUGUUUCCCAAGGAGAGGACAUCACAGAACUGUCUUUAAGGAAAAGGCAGAAGCCAUGAGUAUGAACUGAAUGACUCUGGUCAGAAAUGAAGAACACAUUUUUAAUCAGAAGGGUGAGAGCAGCCACUGGAACGACAUGCUAAGCCUUCAGCUCAUCAGGUCUUCACUCCAGACAGCAUUUCUGGCAUGCUCUGGCCAAAUACAAAACACUCUGCUCCUGCCAAAUCCAUCCUUGAAAGUCAUGUCAGCUUUAUCCCCAAACGACCAGGGGUUUUAUGAGCAACUGAUACUGGCUGGUUACCACACUAUUGACCCCUCCAUUCUUGUUUCCUCUGGCACCUGUACAUUCUUUGAGGUGCACCCCACAGCACCCCGUCCCGUGUCCAGUGGGCAGCCCGUGCUUGCACACUGCUGGUGACAGGACUGCUUCUGUCACUGCUUCUCCACAGACCGCUACUGAGGGGCAGACGCCAUGCCCGCUCCUCUCCAUGAACACCCGCACCCACUCGCUUUUCUCGUAACCCUUUAGGAAUCACCGAGGUCUCCAUCGAGAAGAGAAAACCCCUCGGGGUUUCUGCCGCCACCUCCCUCUUCUCCCCAGGACCGCCCCAGCCCCACGGCCAGACGAGCGCUGCCCGCUUCUGCCGGUGCCCGCCGCCGGGGCUGGGCAGGCGGGGACUGGUCGUGCCUGUCUCCUAUGGAAACCCCGGCGCCUCCAGCUCCGCCCUACGCGUGUCCGUGUGCCGGGGCGGGCGGGGGAGCAGCCCCGACCACCGCCCCGCCCCGCCAUGCCGCAGCCGUAGGCAGCCCGCGGCCGCAACCAGCCGUCGGCCUCCGCGGCCUCCGGGCGGCGCGGCGGCGGCGGGCCCUGCCCGAUGGGCAGCCUGCUGAGCGGGGUCAGCUUCAAGGAGCCCACCACGGUGGAGGACUGCGACUCCACCUGGGAGACCGACUCGGAGCCCGAGGCGGCGGAGCCCGGCGGGGAGCCGCGGCGGCAGGAGGGGGUGUGCACCACCGCGGGAGGCGGGGAAGAGCCGGCCGAGCUGCCCGCCGCAGACUGCCGGCCGCAGGACCCCCCACUGUCACCGUCCCCUGCUCCGGAGGAGGGCGAGCGGGCAGAGGCGGACGCCGCUAGCCCCGAGCAGAGUGGUGAUGGAACUGAGCUGACAGCCAAACCGAAGAGAAGCUUCUACGCAGCAAGAGAUUUAUACAAGUACCGACACCAGUAUCCACAGAACUUUAAAGAUCUUCGGUAUCAGAAUGAUUUGUGCAAUCUCCGCUUUUACAAAAAUAAAAUCCCGUUUAAACCUGAUGGGGUUUAUAUUGAAGAAGUCCUAAAUAAGUGGAAAGGAGACUAUGAAAAAUUGGAACAUAACCACACUUACAUACAGUGGCUUUUCCCACUGAGGGAACAAGGUCUGAACUUCUAUGCUAAGGAAUUAACUACAUAUGAAAUUGAGGAAUUCAAGAAAACGAAAGAAGCAAUUAGAAGAUUCCUUUUGGCUUACAAAAUGAUGUUGGAAUUUUUUGGUAUAAAGCUAAUUGAUAAAACUGGAAACGUAGCACGAGCUGCUAACUGGCAAGAAAGAUUUCAGCAUUUGAAUGAGUCUCAACACAACUACUUGAGAAUCACUCGAAUUCUGAAAAGUCUUGGAGAGCUUGGAUAUGAGAGUUUUAAAUCUCCCCUGGUAAAAUUUAUUCUCCAUGAAGCUCUUGUGGAAGAUACUAUUCCCAACAUUAAGCAAAGUGCUCUAGAAUAUUUUGUUUAUACUAUUAGAGACCGAAGAGAAAGGAGGAAACUCCUGAGGUUUGCUCAGCAACAUUAUACACCCUCGGAGCAUUUUAUCUGGGGACCCCCAAGAAAACAGAAGUUGGAGGGAAGCAAAAUGAAUAAGAAGCCAGCAUCUCCAAUUUCUAUUCACAAUAAUUGUAUUUCUAAGCAUAAGAAACCAAAAGAGCCUAAGAAUACAUUGGCAAGUGGAAGCUCAGCUGGUAAAACAACUGAAGAAAGAAAGGUAGAACUCACAAAAAAUGAGGAAGAAAAUGACCAGGAUGAACAAGAAAUGAACUGUGAUGCUGUUAGGCAGAACAACAGUGAAAAGAACAGUGAUACUGAUAGUGGUCAGCUUUCAAAAUCAGAAGACAUUCAUGAUGCUUCAGACAGAAAGGAGGACACUUCUCAUUCCAAAAUAGAUGAUGAAAGUCUGAACAGUGAGUGUGGAAAUCACCCAGGCACUAAUGAGAAAGAUUUAUGUGACACUGAGAAUUCCUCAAAUAACACAUCAGCAGACCUACAAGAUAACCUUGAUAAGGAUACACUUACAGGGGGGACCACCACAAAAAUCAAGGAUGAGCUCAAAUAAUGAGUCUGAGGUUAAAAAUCAUUAUGUUUCAUAUUGAAUGAGCAAAUUAUUCCUUGCUCCUUUAUUUUGGGUGAAAUUCCCAUCCAGUGUUGUAUGAAAUGUUCAUGAGACUGUGCUUGUUGCAAAUGCAUCAGAUUAGGCUUCUGUUAGGUUAAUGAAUUUUAUUUUUUUCAAGCUCACUUUAUAAGCAGUCAACCAGAUGUGGCUCUUAAAAACAAUUGUGUAUAUUCAAAUCUAAGAAAUUAUCUUUUCCAGACAGCUUGCAUAGAAAAGCUUAUCUAUUUUUUUUGCCAUUGAAUCCAUCCAGUGUUUAAAAGCAAAAAAGGUGUAACUUACUAGAAAGCCUUGGAACAUCAGAACUUUAAAGUUUCUUUUAAUAUGCUUUAAGUAUUGAUUUCCUUUUAUGAAAUGACUCGAAAUGAUUUCAAGAGCACAGGUUUUUCCAUAGUGGAUAUUUUUUAGGUAUUAUGUUCAUGUUUAACAGCAGUAUUUGCACAACAUCUUUUACCUUAGAUCAGCAUCCUUGUUGGAGACACAACAGGUAUCAAAAUGUCCUAUGCAGCUGGGUAUCACUGUACAUUGAAGAAAAGUUUAACUUACAAUGAAA